AAUAGUAGUUUCUUGCGAUUCUAUAAACUGGUUCACACGAGAUGAAAUAAAAACAACGAUAAGAGCUAGUGAUUCAUCCGCAAAAGUCAAUUAUUUUGCAACAGUAAAGUGUGGUGUAAUGUGUAAUUCAAAAUAUUACUAUAUUAUAUUGAAGAAAUCAUUCAUAUUCUUACUAUUUGAUUAAACACCUUCACAACACAACUCACAGCACUGCUAAAUGUAACAUAAAACUUUUCGAGCAUUCCCGCACAUAACCAACAAAGAUAAAUAACGUGAAUAAAGUGUUUUCUUUUAUUAUUUGAGAUAAGAUUAGUCAGUCAAAUCCAUAGCGCGGAAUUAUGAAGGUUGUUUGGUUUUUAUAUCGAUAAACAAUUAUUUCAUUUAUGGCCACUUGUAGUUUAAUCAAAAUUGUUAAAAUAUGGUGGACGUGAGUGUUUCUGCCGACCCGAGCUUGCGGGCAACUGAUGAUCCUGACAGACGAAAUUGUGAUCUCUGUGGUAUAAAAUAUAUACAUGUAAAUGACUUGGAGAAACAUAUCAAGAGUAGAAAGCAUAAACUUAACCAAAGAAAAUUAACUGAGCCGGAGGCCCAUAACGAAUACAAUUGUAAGGACUGCAACAAGACCUUGACCAGUGAAGAAUUCUUGCGAAGACAUGUUGAAAGUAAAUCACACAAGAAGGAAGUCGAAAAACAUUUACACAAAAUCGAAGAAGAUAAGAAGAAAAAUAAACCAGUAUGGCAGCUACGAUCAAUGUCAAUUAUUGACUCUACUAUUUCCCCUUCCGAACUUGACGAUGCGAUCGCUACCGUACAUGAACCAAAGGAAGAAGAAUUUUCUAGAAAGAAAUACAAAGUUCGCAGUGACAACUUGGCAUUUGAUAGACUUGAAUCAUACGUUUAUUCCUUGGUGUCAUACUUAAGUUUAAAGUUAGCUUUAGACGAUAAUACAACAGAUUUCAACAUAUCAGUCAACAACAGGAACUGGCCGACAUUUGGAGAUAUAAUAAUAGAACAAAAUUUUAGUGAUAAAUGUGUUGCUUUUGCUAUUAGAUGUAAAAGUAUCUCUGAAACACCCCAAACUAUCGAUAAUUUAAAAGAUGCAAAAAUAUUAUUGGAAAAGGAGUAUACUUAUGUUACUCAAAACAAAAAUAGUCCAUCAACGCAUUUUUUGAUAUUUACGACUUGCAAUACAAGCUCGAAAUUUCCAGAAGAAGUGGAAAUUAAACCAGAAUUAAUUAAACAUUUCACAAAACCUUCGGACCCAACACCACCACCUGUUAAAGUAAAAAUAUUUCCAAUGACAAAGAAAAAUUACAUCUUGAAUGUGUCUACUGAUAACGACAACGUAUUUUUACUGUCGCCUGAACACAGCAGCGGCUUACCACCAAUUUAUCUUUACACUAAUCAAAGGGCCUAUCCGCACUCAUCUAAUGAUUUAAUUAAAAAACUGUUCCCCAAUUUUAAACCUGAUUUUGCUAAAAAUUACAAAAAUUAUAUUGAACAUUGGGCUGAAGGUAAAUUAGGAGGAAACUACAUGUUAUCCAAAAAAGAUGUUAUUUUGAAAAUUGGUGAACUACUGCUGAGCCCAUACAUUAUUUUGCCAAAGCUAAUUAACUUCAAAUCUGGUAACUUUGACAUUUGGAACAAGGUUAUUGAUAAUACUGAUGUGGUUAUUAUAAAAAAUGAACCGUUUAUUUUAAGCAAACUCUGUGAACCUUUUAAUCAGCUAAUCGAGAAUUCGCUAUCAACCGUCAGAUGAAAAAUUCAAAAUAGAUCCUCUAACAAAAAUUGUUACUAUGUCUGAUGCAGCUUUUAACAACAUAUCUGAUCACCAAAUUAAGGCUUACCUUCUGGAAGAAGGUUUUUGCAGGGAUUUUCAUCUUACAACACUGUAUAAAGUGUUUUGGAAAGCAGGGAAAAUAUCGCUUUUGAUUUCACUAGAAGAUAACGAAGAUAGCAAAGACUAUAUUUUAGACGUUAUUUCUUAUAUGAAGCAGGAAGGUGUAAGGAAAAAGUUUAUGUUAAAAACAGAGACUCCUUUUGAAUUUACGACAAUUCCAAAGAACCUAAAAGUUUUUUCGUGUCUCAACGAUGUCAAGGAUCUAGUUAAUUUAGACCUUUUAAAAAUCUGGGUGGACAGAAAAUACAGUCUAUCUGCAAAAGAUAUUUGUAAAACAGAUCCAUUCUUUUUAAAAUGGGUAACACCCAGCGCAUUUUUCGAUAUGAUUAUGGAAAGAAUUACUAUGAUCAAAGAGGAGGCUAAAAAAGUUUACGUGCAGACUGAUUUUAAGAUUAUUUUAGAUGACACUGAGAGAAUCAAAAUAAAAAGUUGUCUUUAUGGUUCAGAGUCGAUUCCAGAGAGUUGGGAUAGAUUGGCGGGAAUUGAUCCAGUAUUAUUUUAGCCUAAUCAUAAGUGGUGUUUGGUAUUUUUUUUAUAUUUUAAUAUAAUAAAUACUUAAUU